CCACGCCGAAAGAAGAAAGUGGAAAGAUAACAAGGGGGUGGGCACAGAGAUGUAACUGAAAUCUAUAAAAAAGAUGGCAAAAUUCUCGGUUGGGAGAGAUGAUGACGACAGCGGCGAAGGGCCGAGCAGCCCCAUUAGGAAAAAGCAGAGGAGAGAUGAAGCACAACAGAAAGAAGAUGAUGGCGAAGAAGAAGAAGAAGGGAGAAGGGUGAGUCAUGGAAAAGGAGCAGACAGAGAUGGAGAAGAUGGCAUCUCCAUGACCCUAACCGACCCUGAUGUGCUGGAUUGUAUCAUAUGCUUGGAACCCUUGAUCCCUCCAGUCUUUCAGUGUGACAAUGGACACAUUGCAUGCUCUACAUGCUGCACCAAGAUUGCGAACAAAUGUCCCUCUUGCUCUUGGCCAAUUGGUUACAGCCGCUGCCUGGCCAUUGAGAAAGUUGUCGAAUCAAUCAAACUAUCCUGCCAAAAUGCACAAUAUGGCUGCAAAGAAAGGGUUAGCUAUGCUCAAAAACUAAACCAUGAGGAGACAUGCAUCUAUGCACCCUGUGCAUGCCCUCUUUUGGACUGCACCUUCUUUGGGUCAUUUGAACAACUUUCACGGCACUUCACUUGCAAACAUUGGGCUUCUGCUAGACGUUUCCGUUACAACUGCCCUUUCCCUAUUUCUAUAGACAAAAGUGAGCAGUUCCUUGUUUUCCAAGAGGAAGAGGAUGGUCUUCUCUUUCUCCUCAAUAACCAUAUUGAAAUUAUUGGGAAUUCAAUCUCAGUAACUUGCAUUGGAACAAGCUCCUCAAAGGGAGGGUUUUUUUACGAUCUUAUUUCAAGAAGAGGCAGCAGCUCUCUUAAGUUACAAUCUUACACAAAGUUUGCUAAAGGGCAGGUUGAAGGUUCAUCCAUGGAUUUUCUUCUCAUUCCCACUGACUUCAAUGGUUGUUAUGGCCAGCUCAAGUUGGAGGUUUGUAUUUGGAGUUCUAGAGAAUUUGAAUGAGCCAACACCUGCUCUACUCACAUAGUCACAUUUGAGAAGAUGUUGUAAAUUGAUGUAAAGUUGCUAUCAUGUAUGUUUAACUUAUGCUAGCUUCUGUAAUAAAUACCCUGUAAAAUAUUGUAUAGAACAGCUUUAUUUCCUCCGUAAUCAAUGAUGUGGUCCUGUAAAAAAUUUAAAUUGUUGAAUAAAACUGCAAACCACGCUUCUUUUCUAA